ACGGGCGGGAGGUGAUACUCGAACAGCUGCGGGCGCAGGCGAGUGCUGCGGAGCAAGGGUAAGGGUGCCGGCACUGGUGUCAGCAUGGCUUCCCCGGACUCACAGGCCACCACCUACGCUCCGCCCGCCGUGCCCUCGGGGGUCGUUGCCGUGCUCCUCACCAUCCCCUUUGCCUUCUUCCUACCGGAGCUGGUAUUUGGGUUCUUGGUCUGGACACUGGUGGCCGCCACGCAUGUCUCGAGACCCUUGCUGCAUGGGUGGGUGCUGUACGUGUCCCUCACCUCGUUCCUCAUCUCCCUGAUGUUCCUGUUGUCCUACCUGUUGGGGUUUUACAAGCGAUUUGCGUCCUGGAGAGUCCUGGACAGUCUAUACCAUGGAACCACAAGCAUCCUGUACAUGAGUGCCGCCGUCCUGCAAGCACACGUCACUAUCAUGUCUGAACACUAUAACAUAAAUGAGUACUACAUCAACACUGCAGCUUCGUUCUUCGCCUUCCUCACCACCCUGCUCUAUAUUCUGCACGCCUUCAGCAUCUAUUACCACUGAAGGGCCAAGGAACCAAAGCCAGUGAGACUCGCUUUCUGGAGGCCGUGUGUGACUGUCCCCAAAGCAGGUCUUGCCAUUUGCCAUCCGGGUGAUAAACACAAGUCCAGCAAACCACCCACCAGACCGUCUUUCUGGAAUGUGUGCGGAGGCCCACUUCGGCAUUUUUCUCUCUGGACAUUUUUACUCCUCACGGUGACUAUGAGGAAACUGUCCCACCACCAAUGAUGACUGGCCCCUACCCUGAAAAUCCACCCCGUCCUCCACCCUUCGCCUUGAAGAUGACUGCCUCUUGAAGUUACUUACCGUGAAUUCAGCUCUUCUAGAAAAACAACUUUGAACCCCUCACCAGUCAAAAUACCAGCUCUGCCAUCACUCCUGUUUAGGAUCUCUUGUCUCGGCAAUGGUGCUCCCCACGAUAGGUUUAGGAAUAGCCAAUCUUAGUUCCUAAGAUCAGCAAAGCUCCAUGAAGGCCUGUAGGUCUAACAUAGCACCACCCUUGUGCAGACCUCCCUUGUAGCUACUGCUGCUACCCUGGAGCAGCUGUCCCCCUCUGCCUUCUUCCUCCCGUCCCACCCCUGCUUCCUCCGCAUUAAAGAUCCAAAGAAAAUGUACAUAAAACCAA